CGGCCGGGAGAGCUCCUGGAAUCCCCAUUGCCGGGGGUACCACAGCGCAUCCUUUUUGCGGGGACACCGCCACCUCUCCGCACCCGGGGGCGGCCCAGCGGCUGCCGAGGAGUCCCCGGGGAUGUCCACGGGGCCACAACGCCACCGGGAGUGGCCUCCGAGCGGCCGCACGUCAUGAACGAGCGCCGGUGGCUGCGAGCGGCCGGGGCUGCGGGCACCGCUCCCGGUUGGGACCAUGGGGCCGCCGCUCCGCCGCGUCCUGCUGCUCGGAGAGGGCAACUUCUCCUUCUCCGCGGCUCUCUGCGGGGCACAGGACACGCAGCUGGUGGCCACUUGCUACGAGAGCGAGGAGGAGGCGGCCGAGCGCGGCGGAGCGGCGCGGAGCAUCCGCCGGCUGCGGGAUAACGGAGCCGAGGUUGUGUUUUCCGUGGACUGCACCAAGCUGAAGGAGCACUUUCUGCCGGGAAAACGGGAAUUUGAUCGUAUUUAUUUCAACUUCCCUCACUGUGGGAGGAAGGCUGGGGUGGUGAAGAACAGGCAGCUCCUUGCUGGCUUUUUCCAUAGCUGUGCAGAAGUGUUGGCACAGGAGGGAGAAAUCCACGUGGCGCUCUGCAAUGGGCAGGGAGGGACUCCUGCGGACCAGCCCAGGAGGGAGUGGCACAACAGCUGGCAAAUCGUGGCUGUGGCGGCAGCAGCUGGAUUUAUCCUAAGCCACGUUCAUCCUUUUGAAGCAGGGACCAUCGAUGGGUACAAAUGCACAGGGUACAGGAGUCAGGAUAAAUCCUUCUGUGUGGAGGGUGCUUUGAACCACAUUUUCACACGGAGCACAGCACCCCUGUGUUUCACACCCGUGAGCUGCCAGACUCAACUGGGAAGCCAAAAAGUUUCUUUUCAAGUGCCACAAGUCCUCAUGGAUAAAAUUAAUAGGGGUUUCCUCGAAGUUAACUCAAGUCAUCCAGUAAGGACAAUAAAGGAGAAGCUCAGUGCAGGGCUCAGCCAAGCUUUUCCCCUGCAGAACAUCAGCUCCUGCCUUCCUCUGCUGCACCGAGGGCACCCCGGGGCUGUUUGUCACCCCAACGUCUUCUGGGUCGCUCUGAGCCCAGGGGAGGCUCCAAGCACUGAGGAAAUGUCUCAGGGACUGGCAGAUGCACUUUUGUGUUCCCAUUUUGGCCAGGACACAGAUGAGAAUGUACAGGAAGGAUGCUCAAUGCCAGAGCAGUUUUACCUUAGGCCUUCCCUCCUGCCUCAUGCUCAGGCAAUAAUUCAAAAAAGAACUUUUUCCCCAGGGACUCUUCAGGUUCUUUCCGGGCCAGUUUUUAGGAAAUGUCGGAUCACUCCCCACUCCAUGCCUGUCUUCCAUGAGAUGCUGGUUGUGCUUGCAGUUAGCAGGGGCACGGAGCACAGCUGUAUCCAGAUGUUGGUGGAUAACAUUAAAACCACCAUGAAUUCCCUUCACCAGGGCGCUUCUGGCGUCAAACCCAGCAUCAGCCUGCAGGAAGCCACAAGUUUUGGAGCUGAGCUAAAUGACUUUGCUGCUUUUGAAUGGCAGCUUGGUGAAAUUCAGCAUUUCCUCUGUGCGGGGACAGACCCAGAGCCCUCAGGCUCCUGCGUGGGGGUUAUCAGGACAGCUCCUGAGGGAUUAAAAAGCCAGGAGCUGGUUGUUGUCUCAGCCUCACUGAACCUGGACCUCCUGGCCAUGCUGCUGUGUGGAAUAUCCGACUGGAGGAUGCUCUGGACGUCGGACAGGCGCUUCCUCAGGCAGUUUCCUGAGGGAGAAUUGAGGCUUUUCAAGAGUUUCUCCCUCUAUCCACCUUCCUACGAGCAUGAUGUCAGCUUCUGGCUUCCUGACGGGGAGGAAUUUGAUGAAGUGGCUUUUCACACCCUUGCCAGGAGGGUGUCAGGUGAAAUGGUCGUUUCCAUCCAGCUAAGGGACAAUUUCCAGCAGCCAGGGACAGGACGGAGGAGCCUGUGCUACAGGGUGACUUUCCAGGCCUGUGACAGAGCCUUGGGCUGCCGGGAGGCUGCAGAGAUGCAGCUGCGCUUUCGGGAGGAAAUCCAGCAGCACCUCGGUGUGACCCUGAGGUAGAACAUCUGCCGUGGUUUGCAGGGGCUCCAGCAGCUCCUGUGCCCCUUUCUGACCUGGAAAAUGUCACCUGCAUGUGUUGGACCUAAGACUGUGUUGUUGCAGUGCCUGUCACAAGGGCAGGGUGGACUUUGAGCACGCGUUUCAAUGGGGCAGUUCCUGUUAAUCCUGUUCCCUGUGUGUGUGUCACGAAACCUGGUUUUAUAAAGUGGAGUCUCUCUUU